CCUUGGAUAGCCUUUGAAGUCUAUUUUCAUAAUUGAGUGGUCUCUGUUCGAGAGGAGUGAGUAAUCAUCCAAAAAUCGAUCUGAAGCGAGCAGUGGUCUGUGAAUUCGAGCUGUGAGAGUGCUGAGACUGUUUGGUUGAUAUCUCGAGUUUUACCAAUCCAAUUAAGGCGUGUGAGAUACCAAAAGAAAGCUCUCAAGACGAAGAAUCCGUGAAGGUCUGGUUUGCAUCAAUCGGAAUAGAGGAAGGCUUCCAAAUCGUCCGAGCAAAACACAACCUCGCAGAAACGGAUUUACUCUUCUAAAGAAUCGAGUUAGCCGGAAAACACCCGUUCUAGGGGCUGUUUUCGUAUCAACGAUUAGGGGUUGAAAUAGCAACUUGAGGAAGCUGUUUAACACCCAUUUUCAAGCAAGGAACCAGUUCUCAAUCUUCCUUGGCCGAGGCUUUGGUCAUUGGAUCGAGAAGGAAGGUUUUAAAGCUCAUUUGAGGUUGAGGCUAGAGCUUGCUUCCUGUGCUCGUUGCUCGAGAGAUCAUCUAGGAGCGAAGACUUGGUUCGUGCUUCCUCCAUUCGGAUUUUAAACAUUAAUAAACAUGCUCAUGGAUAUUUUACUAUGGAGCCUGCGUGCUCAUGAAUAGCCCGGUGUGGCCUUUUGUUUUAAACAAUGUUUUCCGCUGCAUUAUGAAUUACUUAUUAUGUUUGUUUAUGGAUGUACAUGUGUGAAUGAUAUUCAAGACGCCUUGUAUAAUAUGAAUGUGUUGGACUGCGGUUGACUAUUCGUAUUGUACGGCGGGUUGUUGACGUGUCCGGAUAGGUCCGGGGCGUGACAAUUAAGUUGGUAUCAGAGCCUUAGUCCAUAAACUUCAUAAUGAAGUCUCAAAACUCUCUAUUUCAAAAUGAUUUUGAAAACCAUGAGCAUAAACGUUUUGUACUUAAGAACUUUUGGUGUUUGAGUUGCAAGGUCUCUAAUUGUUAAGAUGGCGCCCUUAACGAUUGGUAUGGCGGCGACUUGGCCCAAGAGAUGUCUUAAGUACCUAUCUGUCAGUUGACAUUUGAAACGAGUCUAAUGACUCAUUCCAAUUAUUUCUUUCAGCGAUGGAGGGUGAUGGUGGUACUAUGAAUAGGGAGAACUCGGAAGGGUUUGCACCGGGUGGAACCGGGCAUGCCAACCGAGAAAAGCCCGUAGGAAUAAAGGUUCACGAAAUUCUUGAAGCUCAAAUCAUGAGUGGUGGUCAUGUUAAGACCAAGGAAGAAUCACCUUGUUAUGGCAAAACUGAACCACUCAAGGCUUCGGGUGACAAAGGAGAUGAUUUGAGUGAUGAGGACCUUGAUGGUGCACCCAUUGAACAAAUGGGCAUGGUCAUAGAUUGGCUUCAACGUGAACGUGUGAGGCUUAUACAAAAAUGCCAAGCUAGGCAAGCUAAGGGCAUACCAUUAGUAAGGAAAAGGAAGUGGGGAGACAACGAUUCACAAAGACAUUCAAGGAGGACAAACGUUGAGGGUGACAAAACCUUCAGGGCGCAGACACUAUCACUUGAGUGGAGUCGAGGCUCGGGUGGCCAGAACUCGAGGUCAAAAGGUUCGAGAGUACCUAAGUGCACAAAUUGUAAGAAGCACCACCCGGGUAAGUGUUGGGAACCUCCUAGGUGCUACCGAUGCAGAGAGAUCGGGCACACGAAUGCGAAUUGCCCACAACUUGUACCCGACCAAACUUUGGGCUCAAGUAGUACGACUAUAGGCAUACAGAGUCAAGCCGGGGCCUCUCAAGCAAGCAAGGAACAUGGCGGAGCAAGUGUGAGCAACGCGCCGUCCGUGAAUCAAGGGAGGACUCACGCUAGAGUCUAUACGAUGACGGAGGCGGAGGCUCGAGCGAACCCGGAUUCCGUUGCAGGUAUAACCUCUUGUAUACUUGUGUUUUACCCUUGAUUAGUCCAUAAAUUGAGGUUGCUAGUCGUUGGGAUCAUUGCACGAAGUUUUGGGGUAAAACGGAGCGAAAUCGGGCGAAAGACGGCUGAUUUCCGCCAACGCACACCAGGCUGGACCAUACGCACGGCCGUGCGUUGUCCGUGCGUUGGUCCGUGCGUUGGUGGCAGUAGCAACCGGGAAGAA